AUGGACAGCCCAAGGGGCCACACUCUCUUCAAGAAGAAAGAGGGCAUCUUAUCGUUCACCAGCGAUCGCAAAGCGAUAACAUGGACGCCGGCUUCGGGAGGCCCUGCGACUGUUUCGCUGCCUGUUACCAGCAUCACCAAUCUUCAGCAGACCCCCGACAGCUCUCCCAAGGUCAUGUUGAAGAUAUUCGAAAAGACUGAAAGCGCAGCCGACCCCGUCACAUACCUGUUCCAUUUCAAUACCCCAGAUGCCAAGGCAGAAGCUCAAGCUGUCAAAGACCUGCUGUCUCGUCUCUUAGCCGAUCUUCGGAAUGGCGAGGCAAACGUAUUCAAGCUCGCAACGCCGACGGCAACACCAGCCGCAAAUGGAGAGACAACGGGAGGCUCAACUUUGCUGGCAUCGUCGAGCGGCGUCAACACGCAGCCCACAGCUCCCACCUGGUUUGACGACAAUCAAUUGAGGACGAACAUCGAGCUACACCAGUCCCUCAUGAGGAAAGAUAGGAGCUUGCACCAGACUUAUAUGAGCGCUAUGGAAACCAAACCAGAAUCAAUGACUGGGGCUGCCUUUAAUGCCCAAUUCUGGUCCACGAGGAUAAACCUCCUCCGAGCUCAUGCUAUCGAAAUAAGUCAGAAAAAGGGCGCAUACAACGUCCUCUCGACCGUCAAACCUCGAACUGUUGACGGAGAGUUGAAAUUGAAUAUAAGCGUCGAGCAGGUUCAGAUGAUCUUUUCUCAACACCCAUUGAUCAAGCGAAUCUACAAUGAGAAUGUCCCACGGUUGUCUGAGGCGGAAUUCUGGUCGCGAUUCUUCCUCAGCAGACUAGCAAAGAAGCUCAAGGGAGAGCGCGUCACCGACAACGAUCCUGCAGAUGCCAUCUUCGACAAAUACGAUGUCGACAGUAACUUGCAAGACGCUCAAUCCAAAAUCACGGCCUUAACAGUCCCUCACAUUAUUGACAUAGAGGGCAAUGAAGAGAAUCAAGGAGGGUUCAAAGGCGGCAACGCCAAGGAUGUCGAGAUGCGACCCCGGUCUAACAUUCCCAUUGUUAGGACGCUUAACAGCCUAAGCGAAAAGAUCAUGGCGAACGUUCCUCCCUCAGAUAUCACUGCAUAUGAUGCAGACGGGCUUUAUAAUGCAUCCAAAGAGCUUACUCUGCGCGACUUACGGGGGGACGAGGAGGAGCGGCGUAUCAUGCUCAAUAUCAAAGAAAGGAACAACUUCUUCACGUCUAAAGACUCACCAGCGUCAAGGGACAGGGGCAUGCUUGCGAGUCAACGGCCUGAAGAUGUACUCGCCAAAAUGCAGAAUUUCAACACGACGAGGCCUGACAAGACAGGAGACAUCGGGCUGCAGAUUGACAUAGAUUUCGACAUCGAUAGCGACAGUGACAAUGAGUCGAAGACCGGGGCGAACACCACUCGCGAUGCCAUCAAAGAGGCAGAGAAAGACGUCAUGAAUGGCAUACAUCAGCAACGCUCUCAGAAGUAUGGACGUGCCUCGGAUGAUACUUCUCCAAUGGGACUACCUCCCCAAAUCUUUGAGAAGUGUGUUUUGACCCAUGCCACAACGAUCGAAUUUCUUCAUCAGUUCUGGGAUGGCUUCCUGUCCGGAGAUCCGGAUCGUGCCACAGAGGUUCAAUACUUGGCCGAAUCGCUGGCGAGGUCCAUGAUGCGCAUUCAGGCUGUAGCCGACGAGGCCGAGGUUGAACGAGAGAGCAUCAUUCAAAAACGCAAGCAGGAGAUCCGUAGUCAUUUUGAACGCACGGGAAAGAAGAUUCGAUGGAGGCCAGACAUGGUUGGGGGUGGCCGCGAUGCCGUCGUUAAGAUGAUGCAGCCGACAAUGGAUGCCUUACGACGAGCACAGGAUUUCUAUUCCAGGGCAUUGGGUGAAGAGAAUGUCCAAAUCUCAACAGAAGGCACAUAG